CUGUUGUUGGACUACAACUCCCAUCAUCCCCAGCCAAUGGCUUCAAGUUGGCUACCCCUGUUAUAGAGUGUGAAAGAGUAAGAAUUUGGCUGUCUCAAAGGAGAGAUUCUGCAUUUCUCCACAUAGUUAGAAGGAGGCAAGUCCAUCAUGGCAGGUGGGAAUUCAUGAGAGGGCCUCCUCUGAUGCGAAGAUGAUGGGAAGUCAGGAGAAAACAGUAUGUGAACAUUUAAGGAAAUUAUAGGAAAUAAUUUAUCUAGUAAAAAUAACAGUAUUUAUUAAAAUGGGGAGCAGACAUACUAGAUGGAUGGAGUAGGAAUAUGGAUUAGUAGAGGGAUUAAAAAUUGAAGGAAGGGAUAUGUAUAGAUUACUUUAGUCCAAAAAUAGCAAACACAGGCAAUUAUAAUUUAUAAUGGAUGCAUCUGUAGGCGUAAAGCUAUUUAAUUAUAGUGUGUGUGUAUAUAUGUAUAUGUAAGUGUAUAUAUGUGUGUGUGUGUGUGUGUGUGUGUGUGUGUGUGUGUGUGUAUGUUGUGAACUGCCCUGAGCCAUUUUGGAAGGGUGGUAUAUAAGUCUAAUAAAUAAAUAAAUAAACAAAUAUAUGAAUGAGGUGGAAUAGUUUAGGUAAUUUAUUCCCAGAAAUUGAAUUAAUAAUAAUAAUAAUAAUAAUAAUAAUAAUAAUGAUGAUGAUGAUGAUGAAAAAGGAACUAUACAUUGGGAUAUACAUUUGAUAGGAUUUAAUUUAUUGUAUGUUUCUAUUUGUGUUAUUGUAUUGAUAGUUGGAAUAUGGUAUACAUUUACAUGAAAAUAAAAGAAAAAGCCUUCUUUGCAUUGGCACCCUGCCUGUGGAAUAACUUCCCUAAUUUGGCACUGAGCAUAUAUUCAUUUUGGCAACAGAGAAUUCAUCUACAUCUCCCAGCACAGAAGACCUUCAUUUGAGCCCAGACUUACAGCCACCUGUUGCCAGUCAUUCCCAUUAUAUGCCGGGGCCCAGGAUGUUCAAGGAAUAUUUCCAGUAUAAGGGGAUCCGCUUUCCUCAAAUCAUCUAUUCAGAACAAGUGCUACAGAUGGUGGAAAACAAUUUCCAAGUUCGGGAUGAUGAUAUUUUCAAUGUCACCUACCAGAAAUCAGGCACCGUAUGGAUGUUGGAGAUUUUAAGUCUCAUCUGUAGCAAUGGUGAUCCUACCUGGUGUCAGUCAGUCCCCAACUGGGAUCGGGCCCCUUGGUAUGAGACGGCAAUAGGCUACAGGACAGCCUUGACCAACAAGUCACCACGCAUUAUUAGCUCCCACUUGCCGGUGCAGCUCUUUGCAAGGUCUUUCUUCAAAUCCAAAGCCAAGGUAAUCUACACAGUCAGGAAUCCCAAAGAUGUUUUUGUAUCCCUCUACCAUUUUGCCUCAAUGUUUCGUCCCUACAAAGACCCCGGAACCUUGGAUCAGUUUCUGGAGGACUUCCUGAAGGGAAAUGUGCCUUUCGGAUCCUGGUUUGACCAUGUUAAAGGCUGGCUGAACUUGAAGGACAAGGAAAACGUCUUCUUCAUCACAUAUGAGGAGCUGCAAGAGGAUCUGCGGGGAAGCAUCAUUCGCAUUUGCCAGUUCCUGGGCAAGGACUUAGAUGAUGCAGCCAUAGACUCUGUGGUGGCAAAUGCCUCCUUUGAGGCCAUGAAAAACAAUAAGAUGUCAAACUUUUCACUCUCGCCACGCUUCCUCAUGAACCAGAAGAAAAGUGCUUUCCUUCGCAAAGGGAUCUCUGGUGACUGGAGGAACCAUCUGACGGCUGCACAAAGUGAAUGUUUUGACCAGAUCUAUCAGGAGCGUACACGGGACUUUGAUGUCACAUUUCCUUGGGACAAAGAAUGAAGCCGGUCUUCCCCCUUCAUCUCUUCCUUAUUGGACUGAUUAGUGACUCAAGAGGACGCUAACUAUCUAACACAAUGGCGUAGAUUAGUGGGGACAUCUGGGGUGGGGCAGGCAGGAGCCCAGUCUCCUGGAUUUUAUGGGAGAAGAGUGGGAUGUAGUGGGUAAAAACAGGGCACCAGGGCUCCAGAAAGCAAGCAGGAUGUGGUGGAUUAGAUUCCACAACUGAUUUCAGAAGCCAAUGUGUCCCCAGAACAUGGCCUGAAGGCACAUGAAACCGCCACUGUGCUUAAGGCAGCUAUGCAGGUCUGGGUCUGGUCUGGGCCUGGAUGGGAGACCAUCUGGGAACCCUAGGUAUGCUGCCUUGAGCUCCGUGAUGGCAGAAAGGGUACACAACUGUAAUUAAAUACAAUCAAAUAAAUAUCCAGUGGAUUAAGAAAAGGAAUAGAAGUUCAUAAGAGAGCUCCUGGUAGACUUGUUCCUUUGUCUGGAGCUCAGGACCUUCUGACAGGCCCUGAGGGAGCUGAAAGUUCAUUUAAAGGCCCGGGCCUGCCUUCUCUUCUCAUUCUCAUUCCCGAAGUGGCUUCCUUUGUGCAUGAGGCCUGGAGCAAUUGCGCCCCCCACCCAAUGGCCCCCUGGAGUCUGAGCCCAGCCCCUCGUAGGGAACCAGGCCCUACCCUCAAUAUCCAACACAAUAGCAUGUCUCUUGUUGCCAUGGCAACAAAGCAAGGCCUUUUUGCCAUGGCAACAAAGGUGUGCCACUGGGGGAGGUGGAAGUGGGAGGAUGUAAGGCCUUCCUGAAGGUAUUUAAAAGCAAGCCAAGGCCAAAGAGGACUUCUCUGUUGCUCCUAGUAUGCUUAGGAAGUUGGAGCACACAGAGAUGAGGAAGAGGGAUAGGGUGAAUCAUCCUUUCCUCUCUGAAGACUGAGGCUUCGUGAAACCAGGGUCUGGUCCUUCCUAUAGGGCAGGGGUUUUCAAACAUGGGUCCUCAGAUGUUGUUGGACUACAGCUCCCAUCAUCUCCUUUGAUUAUUAUGGCUGGGGAUGAUGGGAGUUGUAGUCCAAAUUCCAACAACAGCUGGGGUCCUGUCCCAAGUAUGAGAAUCCCUGCAAUAGGAAGCCUGCACAGUGUGCAUGCCACAAGUGCACCCUCUCAGAUUCUUCCUCUUCCCUUCCCUUUUCCCUCACCAGGAGCUUGCCCAGACAACAGGCUUUACGAUGAGUUUUUUUGCGAGGCUUUACUGCGAGUUUGAAGUUGCCCCCCAAAACCAACACAAAAGUGGUUCUUUUACACCCUGGAUAUAAAUUGGUUCACUCUAAUGCAUGAUGGAAAACCCAAAUUGUGUGUGAAGUGCCCCCCGAUACAGGGGCGUAACUACCAUUAGGCAAGGGGAGGCAGUCGUCUUGGGGCCCCACUGCCUCCAGAGGCACAUCACAUGACUCCCCACCCGCCCAUGUUGCACCCCCUAUGAAUUAUGUUGAGUCUCUUGGAGAUCGGCAGGAGCAGAGAGUUAAAAAACUAGAUUCAAUGUGAACUACGUAGAUAUUCACCAUAUUCAUAAUGGGGAUAUGAGUGUGAGUGCACUAUAUAUUGUAAAGUGUGUUUGUGUGUGUAUAGCAGCGAGGGGCCCAUUUUAAAAUCUUGUCUCUGGGCCCCCUCCAACCUUGCUACGCCUCUGCCCCGAUAGCGGGGACUUUGGGGUAAAUUUGGCUGAUAUGUGAACGCACCCCUUCAACUCCAGAGGAGAUGCGAACUAAACGCUGGGUGUGGAAAAACUUCCAGGACCUUGUGCUCCCCCCCCCCGCUUUUUAAAAAAAAUGUCAUGCCUGGCAAUGGCUCAACCCCAACCCCAAAUAACAAAGAAUUCUCCCACAUCCAGAAUCAAGACCCAUACUAGUUCAGGGAAGAUCUCAACCAGGGAAAUCUAGUGGAAAUCUCUAUUUUCAAUAUCUUCUUGCUACAUCCAGGAUCUAUUCACACUUAAAUCUUCUCCCCAUACCCUUUGCCUCAGGUAAUUACAUCUACAGUGUAACAACUUUGCACAUUGUAGUUAUUUCCAAUGUCCCAGUUUCUUUGUUCCCAGCAUUUGUGCUGGGAACGGCUAUCCCCAAGGGAGCUGUAUUUGAAAAGGUCGCUCUAGCUAUAUAUUUCUGACAGGGAGAACUGAAAUCUUGAAAUCCGCACUGUCCCUUUGUAAUGUUGGCUAGCAGCUAUUGCUGGAUCUUCCAGGGGUAAUUAAAUUUAUUUUAAUACCACACUGCCACUAGGCAAGCAA